CACGAGGCGCGGCUCGAGCUGCACGAGGCGCGGCUCGAGCUGCACGAGGCGCGGCUCGAGCUGCACGAGGCGCGGCUCGAGCUGCACGAGAGGGAGGACAAGGAGGAAAUGAUCUGGAUCAGGAAGCCGCCGCUGGGCUUCUCCCAAGGACGGGCGUUCGUCGACGGGUCGGCCACGGACCCCGAGGACGAGGUGCUCAGGAGGGCGGGCUGGUCCAUCGUGGUGCACAGCGAGGCGGGGCAGGUGCUCGGGGCGGUGCGCGGCACGGUACCGUUCGCUUGGGCGCCGCUGCAGCUGGCCAGGGACGGGGGGGACUACACAUUCCACUUCCUGUCGGGCUGCGCGCAGGCGCCGCUGGGGGUCCCCGGCGACUGCACAGGAUCGACUCGCUGUGCGGCGAGCGUGGGCAAGGCGCUGGACAAAGGAGCUGCCAGGAAGCACUUGUGGACAAGGUGGUGGCUAGGACUAGUAGGCGACGAGCAAGUGCUGGUGACCAAGGCCCAGGCGCACAGACCGAAGUCGGAGUGCGUCAUGGAAGCGGGGCGCCAGACCAGGGAAUGCCAUGAGGAGAAGGAACCCGACGCCGCUUCCAUCCCGAGCGCUCUGAUGGUGGACCUGGGCGGCUGGCCCGCGGAGUUCUUGAG